AUGUCGUCGCCGUCCCAUCGCCGGCAGCGCAGCUCGCAGUCGGCGACCCCCCGCCGCUCUGCGCGCCAGUCCGAGGCAGCGGGCACGCCUCGCCAGUCGUCGCAGCUCGCCUCCAGCCCGCUCUUCUACCAGUCCUCGCCUGCGCCUUCGGGGAGCGCUCAGCACAAUGGCGCCGCUGAGGAGGUCUCGUCGCCUCUGCGCCAGAUGACGGACAGCCAGGAUACGCACGGCAACGGGGCCACGCCGAGCUCGCCAUUGCGGCAGAUGACGGGUUCCCAGACGCCUACUCAUGAUCCGCAGCGCACGCCGAGGGCCAGUGGCGGACUCACAGGAGAAUCGUCGCCGAUUCGAUAUGAGCCCAGCUCCAGUCCCGGUCGAUCACUUCGCCACCAGUCCGAGCUGCGCAGCGAGAGCAGUGGUCUCUUUGUCGGCUCACAACGAGGCAGCGCAGCCCAUCGCCGAGGCGACAUCAACUCGGACGCCCUCAGGACGCCUCGCGCCCCUCGCCGUGUCAUCCUCGAUGAUGCGGGGCGCGUGGUUCGCGAGGGACAGACCCCGGGUUCCGAUGCCGCCUCCUUCUCCAACCGCGACCCCAACACCUCCGAAGCGGAUCAUCUUGGCGGCCAAGGACAGAGCCUCAUCUGGGGCACCACCGUGUCUAUCGAUGAUACCUUUGCCUCUUUCAAAGACUUCCUGCGCAACUUUACCCAAAAGUAUCGCAUGUAUCGAGACGGUGUGCCUGACGCAGAUGUUGCUGCUGCGCCAGAUGCCGAGUCGAAGCCUUACUGGGAGGCUCUCGAGAACAUGCUUCUUCUCGGCACCACGAGGCUGUACCUCGACAUCUCCGAUCUUAACAUCUAUCCUCCCACUCGCAAACUGUGGCAUCAGAUCCAAGCCUACCCGCAGGAAAUUGUGCCCGUCAUGGAUCAGUCCGUCCAUGAUCUCAUGGUUGAGAUUGCCCGCAACGAAGGCCUCAGGAGCCGGCCUAGCCAGAGCAGCGCGGGUAAUCACGAUACGCAGCAAAGCACACAGAGCUCUGAGCCGGUCUUCCCAAGCUCAGACAGGCCCGAAGACCCUGCGACACCGCGGCCGACCCAAGAGCAGCAGCCCUCGCUUGAGGACCAGGUAGCCUCAUCGAUCUACGUUGUGCGGCCGUUUGGCCUCGACAAGACGACAAACUUGAGAGAUCUCAACCCUUCGGACAUGGAUCGGUUGAUCUGCAUCAAGGGCCUCGUCAUCCGAACGACUCCCGUCAUCCCGGACAUGAAGGACGCCUUUUUCCGAUGCAACGUCUGCAACCACUCCGUCAACGUUGGCCUCGACCGUGGCAGGAUUCGCGAGCCCACCGAGUGCCCCCGCCAAAUCUGCGGCCAAAAGAACUCGAUGCAAAUCGUUCACAACCGCUGUUCUUUUGAGGACAAGCAAGUCAUCAAGCUUCAAGAGACGCCCGAUGCCGUGCCUGCUGGUCAGACGCCGCACUCGGUUUCCGUCUGCGUCUACAACGAGCUGGUCGACUUCUGCAAGGCCGGUGACCGCGUCGAGCUCACCGGCAUCUUCCGAGUCAGCCCCGUUCGUGUGAACCCCCGUCAACGGGCCAUCAAGAGCGUGUACAAGACGUAUGUCGACGUCCUGCACGUCCAGAAGGUUGACAAGAAGCGCAUGGGUGCCGAUCCUUCCACCCUCGGCGUGGAAGGCGAGGAGGACGGCGAAAAGGACGGCAGCGACGUCCAGGAGACGCGCAAGGUCUCCCCUGAGGAGGAGGCCAAGAUCCGGGAGACCGCCGCCCGCGACGACAUCUACGAGCUCCUUGCGCGGUCGCUCGCCCCUUCGAUCUACGAGAUGGACGACGUGAAGAAGGGCAUCCUCCUGCAGCUCUUCGGUGGCGCCAACAAGACCUUCUCCAAGGGUGGCAGCCCCAAGUACAGAGGCGACAUCAACGUGUUGCUCUGCGGCGACCCGUCCACGUCCAAGUCACAGCUUCUCUCGUACGUCCACAAGAUUGCCCCGCGAGGCAUCUACACCAGCGGCAAGGGAUCUUCGGCCGUCGGUCUCACGGCGUAUGUUACGCGCGACCCGGAGACGCGGCAGCUCGUGCUCGAGUCGGGUGCCCUUGUCCUGUCCGAUGGCGGUGUGUGCUGCAUCGACGAGUUUGACAAGAUGUCUGACGCGACCCGCUCCGUCCUGCACGAAGUCAUGGAGCAGCAGACCGUGUCGGUCGCCAAGGCCGGCAUCAUCACCACCCUGAAUGCCCGAAGCAGCAUUCUCGCCUCUGCCAACCCUAUUGGCAGCCGAUACAACCCUGACCUCUCUGUCCCUCAAAACAUCGACCUCCCUCCCACCCUUCUUUCUCGUUUCGAUCUCGUAUACCUCAUCCUUGAUCGGGUCGACGAGAAGACGGACAAGCGGCUGGCCAAGCACCUUCUGUCCAUGUACCUCGAGGACAAGCCGCAGUCUGCCCAAACUAACAACGACAUCCUCCCGGUCGAGUUUCUUACCUCGUACAUCUCCUUUGCGCGCUCCCACAUCCACCCCACAAUCUCCCCAGAGGCGGCGCGGGAGCUCGUCGAAUGCUACGUGGCCAUGCGCUCCCUGGGCCAGGACGUCCGCGCCGCCGAGAAGCGCAUCACGGCCACGACGCGACAGCUGGAGAGCAUGAUUCGCCUAGCCGAGGCACACGCCAAGAUGCGCCUAUCGGAGACGGUGACGCGCGACGACGUGCGCGAGGCGAACCGCCUCAUCCAGAGCGCGCUCAAGACGGCGGCGACCGACUCCCAGGGCCGCAUCGACAUGAGCCUCCUGACCGAGGGCACGAGCGCCGCCGACAGGAAGCGCCGCAGCGAGCUCCGGGACGCGGCGCUGCGCCUGCUCGACGAGAUGACGGCCGGCGGCGGCUCCGUCCGCUGGGGCGACGUCGCCAAGCGCCUGAGCGAGGGCGCCAGCGUGCCCGUCGAGACGGCCGAGUUCAACGAGGUGAUGCGCGCCCUCGAGACGGAGAACCUCAUCGCCGUGACGGGUGAGGGCGCGAGGCGGAGCGUGAGGAGGGUCACGGGCGUGGCCUGA